GGUGGGGGCAAUUUAGACAUUUCACAGGUAACAAACUCUAUCCACGUGGUACACACAGGAAGACUCAUUCUCUGAUUUUGACGAACAAACCGCAACAGCAGGAGACAGCAGACAGCCAGACACACCACUGCCACCACCACCACCACCUCCGCCGUGCUCCCUCUCCUCUCACUCUCUUCCUCAACACAACCCUGGAUAACCUAUUCUUUAUUUAUUAUUAUUAACAACAAACCCUAGAUAACUUAUUCGCUUCAUAACCCACGCAAUAGUUUUAAUGGAUCAGAAAGAAGUUGAGAUGGAGGAUGCUGGAAAGUUUCUAGAAGAUGAAGAACUAAGUGGUGAAGAGUGUGUUGGAGAAGACAAGACAAGUGUGGAAUAUGUAGAAGGCAAACCAGAAGAGUCUUCUGGUUUAGUUAACACAAGCCCAAAUAAAAUUGAGCAAGAUGAAGAGGAGAUGCAAGCUAACACAGGCCCAAAUGAAACCAAGCAAGACGAAGAUGAGGUGCAAGCCACCUCAGGCCCAAAUGAAACCGAGCAAGAUGGAGAGGAGAUGCAAACUAACACGGGCCCAAAUGAAUUCGAACAAGACGAAGAGGAGAUGCAAGCUAACACAGGCCCAAAUGAAACUGAGCAAGAUGAAGAGAAGAUACAAGCUAACAAAAUCGAGCAGGAAUUGCCUGUGGAUGAGGCUCAUGAUAGUAAGAAAGAUGCUUCACCAAUGGGUGAUGAUAAGGUUGAGGAUAGUCAGAACAAUGCUACAUAUAUGGAUGAUGAUCUUGACGGUUCUAUGAAGAUGCUAGAGAGUAACAAUAAUGAAGAACAUCAAGAACAUGUGGCAUAUUUACCUAAUAAAGCUGAGGGUCAUACUACAGAGACAUUGAAGAACGACCUAGAGGAAACAAAGAUGGAUGAGGGAUAUGAAUCAGGGACUGAAGAGGAUCAAGAAGCAUUUAUGAAAGAGGUAGAAGCCGUGUAUAAGGAGAAAGGCUUGGAAUUUAAGCCUCCAAAGUUUUAUCAACAGCCGUUAAAUUGCCUAAAGUUGUGGAGGUCUGUUAUCAAAUUGGGUGGAUACGACCAGGUAACUGUGUCAAAGUUGUGGCGACAAGUAGGAGAAUCUUUCCAUCCACCAAAGACUUGCACAACCGUUUCGUGGACAUUCCGCCAGUUCUAUGAAAAGGCACUUCUUGAAUACGAAAGGCAUAAGCUCCAGGUUGGUGAGCUUGAAUUCCCUCUUUCAACCGUCUUCCCCGAGGCCCCUAUUGUUGAUAAUGAGGCGAAUGGUCAUCAGACACCAGGUAGGGCCCGGAGGGAUGCUGCAGCUCGAGCCAUGCAAGGUUGGCAUGCUCAACGUCUCUUAGGUUUUGGUGAGGAGAAGAAUUCCAACAGUCCACAGAGGCGUGAAAAAAGUCUUAAAAGCAUCGGGUCAUUAAAACAAAAGAGACCAAGUGAAAUGGAGCAUUCUAUGAAAGCGGCACGAAUAGAAACAUCUAGAGGAGUUGUCACAACAAUUGCUGAUGUCGGUCCUCCUGCUAAUUGGGUUAAAAUAAACGUGCUAGUAACAAAAGAUUGUUUUGAGGUGUAUGCCCUAGUUCCCGGGCUUCUGCGAGAAGAGGUGCGUGUCCAGUCAGAUCCCGCUGGACGCGUUGUCAUCACAGGUCAACCUGAGCAACCUGACAAUCCAUGGGGUAUUACACCUUUCAAAAAGGUGAUUAGCCUACCAUCAAGAAUCGAUCCGCUUCGCACAUCUGCGGUUGUGAGCUUACAUGGACGGCUUUUGGUUCGUGUGCCUUUUGAGCAGUCAAACAUCUAAACUUCCUUACCCUUUUUACUUGUCAGUAAUUAGGACAUUGAAAGUGGUAGCAAGCAAAUAUUUAGUGUUAAUUAUGAUUAAAAAACGGUCUUUGUUGUGUAUGGUUUACAGUAAAGUAGUUACAGUUAAGUAGUUACAGUUUGACCUGAUACACCGUUUCAGUUCACAGUUGCCCGUAAGUUAUGGCCUUUUAUGGCCUGAUUUGUAAUAUCAGUGGGCAAGUUUUUGGUAUAGUUUUGUUGCUUCACUUGUGUUUCAUGUAUUUAGUUAUUGCUGUUUUCAGUA